UUUAGCUCUUCCAGUUCCUGUUUCUUUCGUUCUUGUGCUUCUCAAGGUUCCAAGAAACUGACAUUUCACCUUCUGUUCUUUCACAAAUUCUAAAAAGGUAACUCCUUCUCUCUUUGGCUCACUGUUCCUUAAAAUUUUGAGACUUUUUGCCUUCCCUUUUCUUGUUCAGGGAAUUCUGGUCAAGAAAAGGGGAAAAAGUUUGAGUCUUUGAGAUCUGUUUUGCAUGUUUUGGUUAUGAACAAUCUUUCCCGUUUUAGAGAAUCACACAGUUUUUCAUUUUGAUGUUUGAUUGUUGAAAAAAUGGAUAAUGAUCAUGGCUCUCCAUACCCUUAUAACAAUCCAUAUCCAUACCCUCACCAUCCUCCUCCUCCUCCUCCAAAUUAUGGGUGUCCACCUUCAGAUCCAUGCUAUCCUCCUCAUCCCUAUCCUCCAUACCCUCCAUACGGUGCUUACGCAUAUCCACCACCACCACACUCACCAUCGCAUUCAGGGCCUUUAGAUUAUUCUCACCAAAAUCCUUCAGCACCAUAUCUAACAAGCCAUUCAGGGCCUUUAGACUAUUCACACAAUCCUUCAAAACCACAACCAACUAGUCUUUCGGGUUCUUUAGACUAUUCUCAACACCAACCACCAUCACCACAUCCAAUAACGAAUUCGGGACCUUUAGAUUUUAAUCGCCACUAUUCUGGUCCUUUAGCAACAUCACCAUAUGCUGCAUAUCCACCAGUACCUCAUGUUUCAAAUUCAAUCCUUCAUAAUUACCCUUUUGCUCAACCUCAGUCGAGCCAAUAUCCUUCUAUUGAUAGCAUUUCACAAUCGCCCUCUAGGGCUAAUAGCUUUUCCGGUAUUCAUAGACAAGAUAGUUCUUCAUCUUUAGGAAUUGGAUCAUCUUCAUCAAAUCCCGAUAAAGUUGAUGCUGCUGUUGCUGGUACUUCUUCUGCAUAUCCACCUUUGGAUGAUUUAAUAAGUAAUUUGCAUUUGAAUGAUACGAAUAAUCAUCCUACUGCCCCUGCUUCCCUACCAGCUCCUCCAGUACCUUCAGUGCCUUAUUCCCCUCAAAGCUAUCAGGGCUCUAGUUUUGGACAUGCCCCCCCACACGAAUUAUAUGGUUAUCCUAAUGACUCAUUUUCAAUUAAUUGGGAGGAGAAUUAUGCGGGCAAAGUUGAUUCGUCUGGUCACUAUCCUGCUUCUCCUUAUGCGCAUUCAUCCUCCUUUAAUGGAUCACAGCAUGGCCAAAGUAUGGAGGUUGUGCCAGUGUCGAGUGGUAAAGGGUCGUCUUUGAAGGUUUUGCUCUUACACGGGAAUUUGGAUAUUUGUGUUUAUGAUGCAAAGAAUCUCCCAAACAUGGACAUUUUCCACAAGACUUUGGGUGAUAUGUUCAACAAAUUACCUGGAAGUAUAAGUAGCAAGAUUGAAGGACAAGUGUACACCAAGAUUACCAGCGACCCUUAUGUUUCAAUUUCAGUAGCUGGUGCUGUGAUUGGGAGGACUUUUGUGAUUAGCAAUAGUGAAAAUCCUGAAUGGACGCAGCAUUUUUAUGUUCCUGUUGCACAUUCCGCUGCAGAAGUGCGUUUUGUUGUUAAAGACAGUGAUGUUCUGGGGUCGCAGUUGAUAGGAGUUGUGGCACUUCCAGUUGAACAGAUAUAUUCAGGGGCAAGAAUUGAGGGAGUUUACCCUAUUUUGAAUAACAACGGAAAACAAUGUAAGCCUGGUGCUUCUUUGAGAAUUUCAAUUCAGUACAUGCCCAUAGAGAAACUGGGCAUUUAUCAACAUGGUGUUGGUGCUGGUCCUGAUUAUCAUGGUGUGCCUGGUACCUAUUUUCCUCUUAGGAAAGGUGGAACAGUUACUCUUUAUCAAGAUGCCCAUGUUCCUGACGGGAGCCUUCCAAAUGUGCAACUUGAUAACGGGAUGCCUUAUCUGCAUGGAAAGUGCUGGCAAGAUAUCUUUGAUGCUAUACGUCAAGCCCGGCGUUUAAUUUACAUUACCGGGUGGUCUGUAUGGCACAAAGUUGCUCUGGUCCGGGAUGGUGGUCAGCAUUCAGGUGUGCCCCUUGGGGAUCUUCUGAGGUCCAAGUCCCAGGAAGGCGUAAGAGUUCUGCUUCUUCUUUGGGAUGAUCCUACUUCAAGGAAUGUCUUGGGAUAUAAAACAGAUGGAAUUAUGGCAACCCAUGAUGAGGAAACUCGCCGCUUUUUCAAACGCUCAUCAGUUCAAGUGCUGCUUUGUCCUCGCAUUGCUGGGAAAAAACAUAGCUGGGUCAAGCAAAGGGAGGUCGGAACAAUUUAUACACAUCAUCAGAAAACUGUAAUUGUUGAUGCUGAUGCUGGCAAUAAUAGAAGAAAAAUCAUAGCCUUUGUUGGUGGACUUGAUUUAUGUGAUGGUCGAUAUGAUAAUCCUGAUCACUCUCUAUUUAGGACACUACAAACUGUUCACAAAGAUGACUAUCACAACCCUACUUUCACUGGUAGUGUCGCAAAUUGCCAAAGAGAACCAUGGCAUGACUUGCACAGCAGAAUAGAUGGUCCAGCAGCGUAUGAUGUUCUAACUAACUUUGAGGACCGUUGGAUGAAGGCUGCAAAACCUAAGGGCCUUAGAAAACUAAAAACAUCAUAUGAUGAUGCUUUACUCAGGAUUGACAGAAUUCCAGACAUUAUAGGUGUUUUUGAUGCUCUUUCCAUUAGUGAGGAUGACCCUGAAGCUUGGCAUGUUCAGAUUUUUCGUUCAAUUGAUUCAAACUCUGUGAAAGACUUCCCAAAGGAUCCGAAGGAUGCCCCGAAAAAGAACCUGGUGUGUGGAAAGAAUGUGCUCAUUGACAUGAGCAUACAUACAGCAUAUGUGAAGGCCAUUCGUGCUGCCCAACAUUUUAUUUACAUAGAGAACCAGUAUUUUAUUGGGUCCUCGUACAACUGGGGUUCAUAUAAAGAUUUAGGGGCUAAUAAUUUGAUUCCUAUGGAAAUUGCACUAAAGAUUGCCAAUAAAAUCAGAGCGAAUGAGAGAUUUGCUGCCUACAUUAUUGUUCCGAUGUGGCCAGAGGGUGUUCCAACCGGUGCUGCCACGCAAAGGAUUUUGUUUUGGCAGCAUAAAACUAUGCAAAUGAUGUAUGAGACAAUUUACAAGGCCCUAGACGAGGUUGGACUUGAGGAUGCAUUCUCAUCACAGGAUUUUUUGAACUUCUUCUGUCUUGGUAAUCGUGAAGCUGUAGAUGAAUCCAACUCUUCAGGGAUGCCAACUCCUUCAAGUUCUCCCAUUCCUCAGGCACUUUGUCAGAAAAGCCGGCGGUUCAUGAUUUAUGUUCAUUCGAAAGGGAUGAUAGUUGAUGAUGAGUAUGUAAUACUAGGAUCUGCAAACAUAAAUCAGCGUUCAAUGGAGGGCACUAGAGACACUGAGAUUGCAAUGGGAGCCUACCAACCUCAACAUACCUGGGCAAGAAAACAAUCUAAUCCGCUUGGACAGAUCCAUGGAUAUCGGAUGUCUCUCUGGGCAGAGCAUACUGGAGUUAUUGAGGACUCCUUUACAAAACCUGAGAGUCUUGAAUGUGUUAGGAGAAUUAGAACAAUGGGGGAGAUGAACUGGAAACAAUUUGCUGCUGAGGAGGUUUCAGAGAUGAGAGGGCACCUGCUAAAGUACCCGGUUGAAGUUGAUCGAAAGGGCAAGGUGAGGCCUAUCCCUGGAUCUGAAACUUUCCCAGAUGUCGGAGGAAAUAUAACGGGUUCGUUUCUUGCAAUUCAGGAGAAUCUGACUAUCUAAAUAAAUCUUUAACGUGCAGUUUCCACUGGCUAUCAGAUCAAAAUAGGAUGAAUAUGCAUAUAGGAUAGUGAGUCCACGGUUUUGAAAUAUACACAUCUUUACUUGUGAAAAGCGCCAAUAAUAUUGCAUGUUCACCCUCACUCUGUUUUGUGGGCAUUAACAUGAUAAAUUUCACAAAACCCCUUGUAUGGAGGAUGGUACAUCUUCAAGAAAAUAAUUCUUGUGGCGAACUGAGAUUGAAGAGCUUGGUUUUUUUUAUAUUUGUGUAAAUACAGCUGGUACAUAAAUAUUUUACCUUGAAUGUUUCACGUUUGGAGUUUUUUUUUUUCAA